AUGGCUGGGCAAGGAAGUAGAGGUGAAGAGAAGGGGGGGGGCAAGGUAGCCAAGGCAAUUUUGGGGCUUAGCUGUGUAUUGGGGCUGGGCUUAGCAAGUUUGGCUUUUGUUGAUGAGCCUCCCCAUUUGGUUUUGCAUGGUCCUUGCCGUUCGGCAAGGACCCUGGAAUAUGUAUUGAUGGUUAUUGUUGUGACCUUGGAGCUGGGCAGUAUGAAAUUUCGUGGAGCUGGGCUCGGGAGGCUGGGUGCCUUGAUCAAAAUUUUUGGUUUUUGUUUCGCUGUGCUCGUAGAGGCAGGUUCGGAGCUGGGCAACCUUGGAUUUUUCAACAAGAAGUGA